AUCUGGUGUCGCAGUCCUUUUCCCAAACAGACAAGAUGGCGGCACUGCGGGCAAUAUGCGCGCAGCGGGCGGUGGCCGCUGCUUUCCUGAGUCCGGGCCCGGGCCGGGCCCCCCUUGCUGUCGGGUACCACGAGAAGGUUGUCGAUCACUAUGAAAACCCACGAAACGUUGGCUCCCUGGACAAGAGUGCAAAGAAUGUUGGGACUGGCCUUGUGGGAGCUCCAGCCUGUGGUGAUGUCAUGAAAUUGCAAGUUGAAGUGGAUGAAAAUGGAAAAAUAACUGAUGCCAGGUUUAAGACGUUUGGUUGUGGGUCAGCAAUCGCUUCAAGCUCCUUGGCUACUGAAUGGGUAAAGGGCAAGACGGUUGACGAAGCCUUGAAGAUCAAAAACACAGACAUUGCUAAAGAGCUCUGCCUUCCACCAGUAAAACUGCACUGCUCCAUGUUGGCAGAAGAUGCCAUCAAGGCUGCCUUAUCAGAUUACAAGCUGAAACAGGGACCGAAGAGCAGUGAGUCCGUCAAAAAUGCAAGCACAGCAUAGAAGGAGGUCCUAUAUAUCAAAAGCCUAGGAGCUUGGCCCACGCCUCCAUUCCAGUUGUAACUUAACAGGGCAAUUACAGUAAGGAGCCAACGCUUCACCUUCGUGCAUUUUGGAAGCAUGCACAUCUCAGUGCGCACAAUGCUGGGUUGUAUUACAGCCACCAGGGGAGGCUCAGGUGAUCACAUCAUCACCUUGAGUUGUUGGGUUUUUUUUUUCACUACCAGCUUGUCUGUCUUGUUUCCACAUGUGGGGAAAAAGCAGAAUCUUCUUGUUAUUUCAGUGUGAGAAUUUGCUGCAAGUAAUCACUUCUGGCCUUCAGUGUGUAGUUUGGUAGGGAGUGGUUGCUGUUGCCUUUCAGGUGCGUGGAGCAGCCUCGCUACGGCUUCAGGCAAGGCCUUCUGGUGUGAGAGAACAGGCAGCCUCACCUCUUUCCUGUCAUUCUCCCCAAGGGGAGGGAAACACAGCAAACACUAUUUGUCUACAGGGCCAAAAGACUAGCAGUAGCUCUUGGCCUCUGGAGCAACAGAGGUUUCCACUGCUGCCGGCAGCACAUUCCUCUGACCUAGAGUGAAGGAAAGAGCUUAACCCUCACAGCAAGCCGAGGCGGAAGCAACCAUCUCCCUAUCCUUAUUCCCAAGUUUAGGUUUAAAGAAAGUAGAGUGUCCUGCCUUGAUCAGACACCGUAUGCACAAGUUUCAGAUUUAUCUUAUGUACAGUAUGCACUAUAUAAAUAUAUACAGAGAUAAAAUAUGCUGUGUCCCAGCA